GUUAGAGUAUCUGGAUAGCUGGCGUUGUGGGAUGGUACUGUAUAACGUUAGCUAAGCUAGCUACAAUCAGUAACUGUAUGUCAAUUUGCAGACAAUGAAAAGAAAGUCCACGUCGGAUAUUGCUUCUUUUUUUAUAAAGAAAAGUGGUUCCGGGGAGACGCAGCAGAGCGUUAGCUCCGAACCCAAUGUUGUUGUCGAAAGUGAGGAUACCAUUGGCGUCAGUGAGCAAGCAUCACAGGUAGAGUCAGAGAGGGAGCACGACAAAACAGAGGCAGAACAUGACAGCGACGCCCAGACACUGGCAGCAUCAGAGUCAGCAGUUUUGCAGGAUAGUGUGGAACAGGUAGCAGAAAAAGAGGUUGACAACCAAGCGAGGCAGGACUUAGCUAACGCUGUUCUAUCCGUUCCUGGACCAACAGAUAUAUCCCAGUCAAGAGAUGAAGGGCCUAAACAGCCACAACUGAAGCUUUUCCCUCGGACCUUCCAGGGAAAUAGAAGACGGAGCUUCAUGAAAGAGUGGUACAGUAAGCAGAAAUGGAUAGAAUACUCGCAAAGUAAAGACUCUGCGUACUGCUAUGCUUGUCGGCACUUUAGUCUCCCUUCUUCAGGUAAUUCAGUGUUCACAUCUGAAGAGGGGUUCAGAAAUUGGAAAAAAGCAACUUACAAAGAUGGGGGUUUUGUUGGCCAUGCAAAAUCUGAAUCACACUGUAAUGCUAUGUUAGCAUGGGCAGAAUAUAACAAGGUGACUGCAGGCAAAUGCUCUCUCUCAGCCUCAUUAAAUGCAGAGUAUAAUAAAUUAGUGAGGGAAAAUAGAGAAUACAUAAAAACUGUUGGAGAAACCUUGCUCCUCACAGCCACGCAAAACAUUGGACAGAGAGCACAUAAUGAAACAGAAGGUCAGAACAAAGGAAACUUUCUUUCUAUCAUGGAACUGCUAGCAAAGCAUGAUCAAACAGUCAAAAGAAAAAUGACAUGUCAAAGAAAUGCUACAUACCUUGGUCAUAAUACACAAAACAAAAUGAUUGAUUGCCUAGCUGAAAUGGUCCGUUCCUCAAUAAUUACUGAAGUUAAACAAAGUGAGGUUUUCAGUAUUAUGGUUGAUGAGACCAAAGACAUUAGCAAAAAGGAACAGAUGUCUUUUUUAGUGCGUUAUUAUUACAAUGGGUCAAUAUGUGAAAGUUUUCUCACCUUUGAGGCAGCAGAACGCCUCAAUGCUGCAGCACUUUCACAGAAAAUUAUAGAAAUACUACAGAAGUAUGGCCUUGACUACAGAAACCAUCUAGUUGGGCAAGCAUAUGACGGUGCCUCUGUUAUGAGUGGGAAGAACAGAGGUGUGCAAGCACGCAUCAAGUCAGAUGCCCCCUUAGCUUUUUAUGUUCACUGCAAUGCACACUGCUUGAAUUUAGUAUUAGUUGACAGUGUGAAAUGCAUCCCUGAAGCCUAUUGUUUCUUUUCUCUUUUGCAGAAACUGUAUGUUUUUGUGUCUGGGUCAUAUGUGCACCAAAGGUGGUUAGAGGUACAGAGGGAGAUGUUUCAGGGGCCCCCGAGAGAGUUGCAAAGGCUGAUAGAGAUACGGUGGGCAUGUAGGUACAAAGCUUGCAAGACCGUGAAGGACAGACUGCCAGCUAUCAUGCGUCUACUAAAAGAAAUUUGAAGAAAGAAAUGGUGACAGAGCUGUAGAGGCAAGAGGUUUAUUGGCCCAAAUAGAUCUGAAGUUUGUUGGACUCCUUGUUACAUUAACCAAUGUCUUUGGUGAAAUAAAUCAUCUAUCAGAUGUUUUACAGUCCCCACAACUCAAUUUGGGCACAGCUGUUACCCUUAUCGACUCUCUUGCUGAAACUUUGAAUAGUUAUAGAGAGGGCUCUCACUUUAAUGAUAUUUGGGACAGUACUGUGACCCUUACCGAGCAAUGCAACAUCGGUAUUGGACCUCCAGGGCGUCAGGUCACACCAAGCUCUAGGCUUGAAGGUUACUACAUUUCCACUCCAAUAGCUCAAAGACAGGUCAACACUGAUAAGGAAUCAUUUCGGGCAGAUUCUUUUAUUCCCAUUAUUGAUGUGUUUCUCUCUGAGGUGAAGAGAAGAUUUUCAAAAGAAAAUAUUGUAAUACUGGAAGGGAUACAAGCUUUGAAUCCCAGCUGUUCCACAUUUUGUGAGAAGAAUGUAGUGUUACCAUUUGCCUCACAAUAUAAAUGCAGCACUGAGGAUCUAGAGUAUGAGAUUCCUCAGCUAAAACUGACUCUAAAUGGGAAGAAAUCUAGUGGUUUGAAAACACCAACCAGUUUAUUAGAGCUUACUGUAUUUCUUGAGCCAUAUAGGGAGAUGUUCAAUGAAAUGUUUAAACUAUGCAAAAUAGCACUUGUGUUACCUGUGAGUACUGCAGCCUGUGAGCGCAGUUUUUCAGUGCUUAAGUUAAUUAAGACAACCUUAAGGAAUACAAUGAGUGACGAGCGGUUGAGUAAUUUGGGGGUGUUAAGUGCAGAGUCAAGAAGGGCUAAGGCCAUAAAUCUAGAGGAUUUUGUAAAUGUGUUUGCCCAAAGACACAAAAACAGGCGAAUAAAGCUGUUUUGAAAAGAAUGUAAACACGUCAGUAGUCCAUGAUAAUAAAGGUUUUAUUUUUUUCAUUUGGGGUCUUUUGAACAUAUCUUUUUACUUAUAUAUUGUUUAUGUUUAUAAAAAGGCACAGCAAGGGCCAAAUAAAGCUGCAUUGAAAUUUUUUUAAUGUUUUUGAACUGUAUUGAAAUUAUCGGGUCAUCGGGUAAUAUUUUAACUUUAGAAGGCUUGUUUGUUUCCAGUUAAUGUGUUUCUUAUAUACUAGUGUAAUAAUUUGACUAAUACGCUCUUCCUAUUGGUCCAGAGACGUUCUCAAAAGUAAAUAAAUAAAUCAGUUUAUUGACUUUUGAGAACGUCUCUUUUGGACGUCUUUCAACAAUUCUGGUUGAAAGAAAUAGCUCAAAUACGAACACAGCGACUAACAACAAAAGUUGAUUUCUGUGAUAUCUCAGCCAUAGUUGUUCUGUUCACGAAAAAAAGUAUUUGUUAUUGAAACUCCACAGUUGUUGAUAUGUUGCCUUGGAGAUGUAGUGACGUCACCAGUGAGUGCAAGUGCAGCUGCUCCAGAUUCGACGUGUUUGAUUGGGAUCUUCCUACGUAUUGUUGUAGUAUAUAAGAAACCAAAUGUUUACUCUUCGACCGGUCAGCAAACGCUUUGUCGCCUCGAUU